AAAACAAAAAAAAAUAAAUAAAUAAAAAAUGUCUGUCAUCUCUCUAUUGAUUUCCAAUCCUAGUCUUCACCUGCCAUGCUCUGAGCUCUGAAUCUCUCUGUCUUUCUUCACCCAUUUGAGCCACUAAAGAGAAAGAGAGAAAAAUCUAGAGAGAGAAACAGAGGGAUGCAUGUGCUUCAGUUGAACAGCUCGCGGCCGCGGAUUUCGCCUCGAAUUUCAAGAUUAAACGCGAUUUCUUGUCCUUCGAAAAGACAAUUAAUGCCAUGCCCGUGUUGGCGGAUCGAUUCCUCAGCUUUACGUGUGAGAAAUUUAUUAAUCAAUGGUGAAGGGAAACGGGAUGCUAUUUUUCAAAGGACAUGUUCUGAGUUGGAUUCCUCUAUGAAUUUUCAUGCUUCAGACAAUUUUCAUGCUAACGACUUGAGAGUGAACCUAAAAAGUAGUAUGAAGGGUCUUCAUGUUAAACUCCUGAUAGCAUCUGCGUCAUCUUAUUUGCUCUCCAGAAUGAUGCAAGUAAACUUCAUGAAUAGAUUGAUAAAAGUGGCCCAAAAUAUACUUUUCUCUGUUGCAGUCACAAGUUUGCCCUUCGCUUGUAUGUCUAGUUCCCCAGAUAAACCCACACCUCUUCGGUUGGAUGUAUCUUUGCCCUCAUUGCAAGAUAUGGGGUGGAGUUUUGCAAGGUUACUUUAUUUAUUCAACAUCCAACUUGAAAGGAAUGUUGCCACGUUCUUUAUUGUGCUCCUUGCAGCAUGCUUCUCCUUUGUUCUCAUUGGUGGUUUCCUCUUCUUCAAGUUCAGGAAUAAUACACAACCUCUGGAGGACUGCUUAUGGGAGGCUUGGGCAUGCUUGUGUUCAUCGUCUACUCACUUGAAACAAAGAACACGUGUUGAGCGUGUUCUUGGGUUUGUUCUUGCUAUAUGGGGCAUACUGUUCUACUCUCGUUUAUUGAGCACAAUGACAGAACAGUUCAGGAAUAAUAUGCAAAGACUCAGAGAUGGAGCGCAAAUGCAAGUCCUGGAGACUGACCAUAUCAUUAUUUGUGGAGUAAAUAGUCACCUGGCCUUCAUACUGAAGCAGUUAAACAAGUAUCAUGAGUUUGCUGUUCGCUUAGGUACUGCUACUGCAAGGAAGCAGAGAAUUCUUCUUUUGUCUGAUCUUCCAAGGAAGCAGAUGGAUAAGGUAGCUGAUAAUAUUGCCAAAGAUCUCAAUCAUAUCGAUAUCCUUACAAAAAGCUGCAGUUUGAGCUUAACAAAAUCAUUUGAAAGAGCUGCAGCCAAUAAGGCACGUGCCAUAAUUAUUUUACCAACCAAGGGAGAUCGUCUUUUGAUUUCAGAUUCUCAAUUUAUCAGAUAUGAAGUUGAUACAGAUGCAUUUCUUUCUGUACUUGCCCUUCAACCACUUCCAGAAAUGGCUUCUGUGCCCACCAUUGUUGAGGUUUCAAAAUCCAAUACAUGUGAGCUCUUAAAGUCAAUCACAGGAUUGAAAGUGGAGCCUGUGGAAAAUGUUGCAUCCAAGUUAUUUGUUCAAUGCUCUCGGCAAAAAGGCCUAAUUAAGAUUUACAGGCACCUCCUUAAUUAUCGAAAAAAUGUAUUUAACCUCUGCAGUUUUCCUAAUCUAGCCGGAUUAAGAUAUAGGCAAGUAAGACGUGGAUUUCAAGAGGCAGUCGUCUGUGGUCUUUAUCGGGGAGGGAAGAUAUACUUCCACCCAAAUGAUGAUGUAGUACUACAGGAAACUGACAAAGUGUUGUUUAUUGCACCUAUUCAUGGGAAGAAAAAACCUCAGCUUGCAUGUCCAGACAUUGUAAAAGAAGAAAAUAGGAUGGCAGAUAAUCUUGGAGUCCUAGAGAAGAAUGGUGAAUCUCCUAAUCAAGCCUCGGAAAUGAAAAGGAUGCGGCUCCAAAAUAUAGUAAAGCGUCCCACUAGAUCAGGUUCAAAGGCAUCAGAUUGGAGUCUAGGACCAAAAGAAUGCAUACUACUGCUUGGAUGGCGCCCUGAUGUUGCAGGAAUGAUUGAAGAAUAUGAUAAUUAUCUUGGACCUGGUAGUGUAUUGGAAAUAUUGUCAGAUGCGCCGAUGGAUGACAGAAGCAGGGCAAGCAGCCUUGCUGGUCAAGGCAAGCUCAAGAAUGUCCGGGUUUCCCACAGGAUUGGGAACCCCAUGGACUAUGAUGUCUUAAAGGAAACCAUUAGUAAUAUUCAGAAAUCUUUGAAGAAUGAUGAAGAUAUUCCCUUGUCAAUCGCUGUAAUAUCUGAUAGAGAAUGGCUGCUUGGAGAUCCAUCCAGGGCAGACAAACAUUCCGCAUAUUCCCUUCUACUUGCUGAAAAUAUUUGCAACAAACUUGGAGUGAAGGUGCAAAAUCUAGUUGCAGAAAUUGUUGACUCCAAAUUGGGAAAACAAAUUACAAGAAUCAAGCCGUCCCUCACUUACAUUGCCGCAGAGGAAGUAAUGAGCCUUGUGACUGCUCAAGUGGCGGAGCAUAGUGAAUUGAAUGAGGUGUGGAAAGACAUUCUGAAUGCACAGGGUGAUGAAAUAUAUGUGAAGGAUAUCGGCUUCUACAUGCAGAAGGGAGAGAAUCCUUCUUUUGCUGAGCUGUCUGAAAGAGCAUAUUUGCGACGAGAAGUUGCCAUUGGUUACAUGAAGAACAAUACGAAGGUUAUAAAUCCAAUGCCCAAGUCUGAGCCUCUGUCCCUUGAAUUGACAGAUUCGUUGAUUGUAAUAUCUGAGCUUGAAGGAGAACAACCCUUGCUUAUUUAAACUUGUAAUCGUUUAAUUUUUCAUUUUCAACUAAACAAAUCUUCGAUUCAUUUCAUUGUUCACGAAGUGCAUAUUAUAAUGAGCAAAAAGUCUGUUAUCAUGGACCUCUUUGGUACUUCACAU